CGGUCAUGUGAUCAACUGUGUCCAAUCACAGCUGAUCACAUGGGACAUCUACACUGAUCAUCAGGGCACUGAUCAUCAGUGUGCCCUGAUGAUCAGUGUAGCCCCAGCAGUGCCACCUGUCAGUGUCCAUCAGUGCCAGCUGUCAGUGCUCAUCAAUGCCACCUGCCAGUGUCCAUCAGUGUCACAUCAGUGCCACAUAUCAGGGCCUACCAGUGCACAUCAAUGCCACAUAUCAGUGCCUAUCUGAGCUGCCUUUCAGUGUCACCUAUCAGUGCCAGUCAGUGCCACCUAUCAAUGCCAGUCAGUGCCACCUAUCAGUGCUGCCAAUCAGU